UAUGAAAUUUCUUCGGCGGCUAGGCUCAGUCGUCUUAAAUCGAACCACCGUAGGGAUCUGAAGGUUAUUCUGCAGAAAUUUCAUUUUUUUUCCAAAAUGUUAUCAUCCUAUGCCAAUUCGGGAAGAAUAUUAUCCAGACAAAUUUUAAACAAUUGCCGGCACAAUGCGCUUAUCAAUCAAUGUAGGACCAAAACAUCAACUCCCAUGAAUACCAUCAUAAUGUUUGUGCCACAACAAGAGGCAUGGAUUGUUGAACGCAUGGGUCGCUUUCAUCGUAUUUUGGAGCCUGGACUAAAUGUAUUGCUGCCUAUAAUGGAUAAAAUCAAAUAUGUUCAGAGUCUUAAGGAAAUUGCUAUUGAUGUACCCAAACAGAGUGCCAUUACCUCGGACAAUGUUACUUUAAGCAUAGAUGGCGUGUUAUACUUACGCAUUAUUGAUCCUUAUAGGGCUUCAUAUGGCGUUGAAGAUCCAGAAUUUGCUAUAACACAAUUGGCACAAACUACUAUGCGUUCAGAGUUGGGAAAAAUGUCAUUGGAUAAGGUUUUCCGUGAAAGAGAGUCUCUUAAUGUGAGCAUUGUUGACUCCAUUAACAAGGCUAGUGAGGCUUGGGGUAUUGCCUGUUUGCGUUACGAAAUUCGUGAUAUUAGGUUGCCCUCCAGAGUACACGAAGCCAUGCAAAUGCAAGUUGAAGCUGAGAGAAGAAAACGUGCAGCAAUUUUAGAAUCCGAGGGUCAAAGAGAAGCCGACAUUAAUAUUGCCGAGGGUAAACGUAAAUCAAGAAUCUUGGCAUCAGAGGCUGAACGUCAGGAACAAAUUAAUAAAGCUAGUGGUGAGGCGGCUGCUAUGUUGGCUGUAGCUGAUGCUAGAGCUCGUGGUCUAGCUACUUUGGCAAAAUCUCUAGAAGAUUUAAAUGGCAAAAAUGCUGCUUCUCUAACAUUAGCUGAACAAUACAUUUCCGCUUUUAAGCAUUUAGCCAAAACCAACAAUACCCUCAUACUUCCUUCAAAUGCUGGCGAUAUUUCUUCUUUAGUUACUCAAGCUUUAAGUGUAUAUAAAACAGUUUCAUCGCAAAAUUUGGGUUCUACAACUACACUAUCCGGUGAUGAUAUCUCUUAUAGAAGAGAAACCUGUGACGCCGAUAGUACAACAGAAGUUAAUGCACGACAGAAAAUACAAUCGGGUGGCAAUGUAUCUAAAAUGGAUAUUGAAUAAAAUGUAUUUAAAAAAACCACACAAAACAAAAGCAAUUUGUUAUUAAAAAUGUAA